UGCGCAGACUCAGUGCGCUCUUCCUCGGCAGUGGUUACAUUAUGGUGUUGAAAAUGCAGUUAAUGCUAGGCACGUUGCUGUUCUUCAAUGUUUGCUGCAGUCUCGUCUCUGCACUGUACUUUCACAUCGGCGAGACUGAAAAGAAAUGCUUCAUUGAAGAAAUUCCGGAUGAAACCAUGAUAAUCGGAAACUACAGGACGCAGCUGUAUGACAAGCAGUCAGAAUCGUACCUGCCUGCCACACCAGGGCUCGGGAUGUUUGUGGAAGUUAAAGACCCUGAUGAGAAGGUGAUCCUGUCUCGUCAAUAUGGGUCAGAAGGCCGCUUCACCUUCACCUCCCACACACCCGGAGAACACCAGAUCUGUUUGCACUCCAACUCCUCCAAAUUUUCUCUCUUCGCUGGUGGAAUGCUUCGUGUUCAUCUGGACAUCCAAGUGGGCGAGCAUGCGAAUAACUAUGCGGAGAUCGCCGCGAAAGACAAGCUGACCGAGCUGCAGCUGAGAGUGCGCCAGCUUGUGGAGCAGGUUGAUCAGAUCCAGAAGGAGCAGAACUAUCAGAGAUACCGUGAAGAGCGCUUCAGACAGACCAGUGAGAGCACCAACCAGAGAGUCCUGUGGUGGUCUAUUGUUCAGACGCUGAUCCUGGUGGCUAUCGGUUUCUGGCAGAUGAGACAUCUUAAGAGCUUCUUUGAAGCCAAGAAAUUAGUCUAAAGUGUGCGUGUGUCAGUGUUUUUUGAUUAUGUAUGCAGUAUACAGCUGAUUUGAAAAGUCGUCUAGACUGCUGAAUUGAACCUCUAAGUUGAACUGCCUUUCUAAAAUUUCUCCCAGACUUGCAUUGAGCUUAUUUCACCAUAUUUUGUUUCCAUGCCACUUACCUCUCAGCUGUGUUCCAGUUGACUUCCUAAGGUCAAAACCACAAUACUUUUUUUAUUUUGAUAUCAUGUUUUUUUUUGUCCACCCUGAAUGAAAUCUGACAGUUUGAAAAGUCAGCACAAAAGUCUGAAUAUGAUCUGAAUUUUGUUUUUAAAGCAUGGUAUCAGGAGUUUUGUGCGAAGUUGUCCUACACUGAAGAUGCACACAUUUAUCCUAGACACAAAAUCAACUCUCUGAUUCUGUUGCUUGGUGUACAACUCUUUGUUGGUUAGGAAUUAGUGACGUAUGUAAAGUUUGGUUAUUUCAGAGUGAAUGUAUGUCCAUACUUUUAUUUAAUAUUCAUUUGUUCAAUUAACAUGAACUGUUUUCCAGCCUAAAUGUCCAGAUGAAUGGGUUCAGAAGGUUGUUUACAGCUCUAGUAGCUUUUCUGCAGGCAACGGCACAGACACCAGAUCUGUACUGAAAAAUGACUGGUUUUUUCCCCCCUGCAUUGUAUAAUGUGUUGAGGAAAAAUACCUACGUUAGUGCUUUGAUACAGUUUGGGCUUUGAUUAUGGAUUAAAUUUCAGAUUUCAGAUUCUUUUGGAGGGAGAGGCAGAAUUAUAAUGUCUAUUAAUUGUAUAUUUUCUAGAAUAUUUGUCUUACUGUAGGUAAGAGUCACUUUUUUUUUUUUUUUUUUUUUUUUUUUUUUUAAUAAAUAAACCACACUUGUGGUUUGUUUAAAAUGAUAAUGUCUCAUCCUAUAUCUAACUUUUAUUUUAAUAUCCUGCAGUCAUCCUGGCCGUUUAUUUUCCUGUGUGCGCAGAUACUCAGGUAUUUCUGAAUUCGAUAGAAAUUAUUGUCACCUACAUUUUUCGUGAAGAGCUGCAAUAUCAACCCUGCAAAAUGAAUGCGAUCAUCCUCAGUGCUCUCUAAAGGCUGAAUUUUAUGUUUCUGUUCAAUUUUAUUACUUGAAGUUUCUUCUUCCCAUAUAAAUUAUUUUUCAACUUCAUUUCUUUUAUAGCCCCCCCCCCCCCCCCCACUUUUCAACCAUAUAGGAUGUGACCAUGUACUUCUUUUAAUUUGGGGUUCUUGAUAGACAUUUAUGUACACAGAUCUUGUUGGCUGAGGGUUUAAGCUUUUUAAAUGACAAGAGGGGAAGACUGUGUCGUGAUGUGUUCAUGAUUGCACUCAAAUAAAGUUUUCAUCUCCCUCCA